UAAGAUGUAAUGUUUAGCACUUGGCCGGUCCUUUCGCUAUUGUGUGUGUUCGCUUCUGAGUUGCGGCUCAAGCUUUAUCUAUCGUCCGUGUUAGCUGUUGAAGCGGCGUUGCAGCUAUGGCCGUCUUCACCUUCAUCGUAAAGAAGUCGGGCGACACAUGGAGUGCCAAGCAGCAUGGCGGCGAGGCCGACCUUGAGGCCAGCUCUGCCUCCACUUGGGAGCUCCAGAGGAAGCUCACCAACUUGGCCUUGACCACUGCUGGAUCGGGCGCUGUCUCAUCCAGCUUCUCCCUGAUCACUCCUGAAUCGGGUGUUGCCCAGGUUAUUGUUGGUGGAGGUGGUGGCGGUUUCUCUGCGGGAGCUGCCCCUGCCGCUUCGGGAGGUGCCGCUGCACCCGCUGCUGAGGAGAAGAAGGAAGAGAAGGUGGAAGAGAAGGAGGAGAGUGACGAUGAUAUGGGAUUCUCUCUCUUUGACUAGACUUUGUCUCGCCAUUAUCUGUACGCUUUAUAGGAAAGGCAGGCUGUGCCACUAGUUAAUAUGAUCACUCGAGUAAUACGAUGGCCUUCACAAAGUCAAAAUGGAAUUUAGAAUACUUCCCUUCCAGUUUCUACUUGCAGAUGAAUUCUUUUCUUGCAGUGUGUAUUGACCUUGACGUCAUUACUGUAAGGUUAUUCACGCAAAUAACUCGUGAUGUUAUUAAUCGUUUUUCGAGGUCCCUUAAAAGAACUAAAAAUGGCUUUCA